CGACCGGCAGCACCGCCGCCGCAGCCGCCUCCACGCUGCCCUCCGCGGCCCCGGGGCGCCUCGCUCGCUGCCGGCGGCCGUCCGGUGUCUGGGCAGGGCUGGACCGACCCGACAGGCUGAGGUGAUCCUCAGGAUCGCUCCGGGGCGACGCGGUGUCCGAGCCCCCGAGGCUGUGAAUGUGAGGACCCGCCGAAGCUGCGGGAAUUGGUGAGGAACCCUCUUGCUUCUUUCGUCAGUAUUGUUGAUGGGACAAAGAAGUGGACGUCAAGAAACAAGCAGAAAACUAGAGAUGGCACUAAGUGAGACUAUGAAGGCAGAAGCAGAAGUACAAAAUAAUGAAGAGGAAGCUGAAGAUCUGAAGGCUAAAGUCCAGAGGCUAACGUCAGUCUUUGGUGUGGCAGACUUAAAAAAUGGCCUCACUUCCUCUUUUUCUGUGCCUACAGAAGCUAUUGGACUGUACAACGUUGGACAGAGCUGCUGUUUGAACUCUCUGCUCCAAGUGUUCUUCAUGAAUAUACGCUUCACAAGAAUACUUCGAAGGAUCACGGUGCCACUAUGUGCUGAGCAGAAGAAAAGGAAUGUCCCAUACCAGAUGCUCCUGCUGUUGGAGGAAAUGCAGUGUGGCAAGCGGAAAGCUGUUUAUCCCAUAGCACUCGCUUACUGUCUGUCGGUAUUCAAAGUGAAACUGUUUGUGCAGCAUGAUGCUGCUCAGCUCUUUCUGACUCUCUGGAACUUGAUAAAGAGGCAGAUGAAAAAGCCAGAACUGGUUGAAGACCUGAAUGACUUGUACACUAUCUGCGUACAGGAGCACCUGGCCUGUCAGAAAUGCUCUUUUGAGGAAAAGAGGAACAGCAGCAUGUUAACCCUUCCACUCCCGCUGCUGGAUUCCAAUUGCCGCAUGCUGAAGACUCUGAAGGACUGCCUGCAAUACUUUUUCCAUCCAGAAGAGCUGACUGGUCACAACAUGUGUUUCUGUGACCAGUGUGGAAGGAAAACACCUUUUCUGCAGAGCAUGAAGCUAGUCCAUCUGCCACAGACCCUGACCAUACACCUGAAGCGCUUCUGCUUCGAAAAAUCAGCCAACAUUCACAAGCUUAGUCACUAUCUGCCAUUCCCACAAGACCUUGAUUUCAAUGCAGUCUUGACAGAAAGUCAGUGCCAAGCAGAUGACAAUGAAAAGGCUGGCUGGCAGUAUGACCUUUUUGCUGUCAUUGCUCAUUCAGGAUCAAUUAGCUGUGGACACUACUGUGCCUAUAUUCGAAGUCUCACAGAAUGUAAAUGGUAUUGCUUCAACGACUCUGAGGUUUGCCAGGUAUCGUGGGAUGAUGUGAAAUGCACCUAUGGACAUUCCAACCUCCACUGGGGAGAAACAGCCUAUCUCUUGAUUUACAUGAAAAAACAUCCUCAGUGGCCUUAUCCAGGAGUAUGAGAAUGUCUCGGAAAGCUGUGCGUUGUCCAUGGAGAUCAGCACCUCUGUGCCAGUGUGGACAUGCACAAGUGUUCCACUAGAAAGACAUUUCACAUUCAGUCAGUGACCUCUGCCUUCACAUUUAUUUAUGAAAAUAUUAAUAGAGAGACUUAGCUAGAGAAAGGAUCUCAGAACUGUUGCAACUACAAAGUUUUUCUUUCAUGUGUUUUUUGAUACUUAUGUGAUUCUAUAUAUUAAUUUCUACUUAAUAAAACAGUCCUUGUCUCUUCUGACUUACCAGUUUCUUUAAUGCUCAUGCCUGGAUUCCAGUACAAGGGAAGCAUUUGGCUUCCUGAUGAGAGCCUGCCUGAUGUUCCAGGGAGGCACGUGGUAUGGCUGGAAAGCUGUGGUUGCCACGCCUAGCCACUAAGACUGUAAGAGCUUGAGACUUACUCUGCCCUUUUAACACCAUGUUAGAUGCUGGCAAGCUGGGCAGGGGACCCCAAAAGUCUUGAGAAACAGCUGGAACAAGGACCAGAACUUAUGAGACAUGCACGAGUGAUGUUUACUCCUUAAAACCUUCCUGAAAAUGAAUUGCUGCAGGGGCUGAGGGGUGUUUAAAAGUUGGCAUCAGCAUAAAGAAGUGGUUUUUAAAUCAGCUGCUAUUGUAGUAGUUCUGAUUUACAAGAUGAGUUUGUACAUAUUUAUGCAGAUUAUUAUUGCUUUAGCAUGCUUAUCAGGCAUUUAUAUGCAUUUUCCUUCCUGUGUAGACGAAAAUACUGAGAGCAACAGGGAUCCUGAAGCUAGCUAGUGAUUUUGCACAAUACAAUCAUUACUGUGACAAGAGGAGAAGUGAGAUGCCUCCAUGUGCUUGAACUUUAGGGAUUUUCUGUUAGUACUCUUCAGCUGGCUGCCAGCUGGAGCGGUCUUGCUCUCUCCCUUCCUUCUCUGAUCAUGAAGUGGAAACAUCCCUCCAGCAGCAAGUGUUCUGGAGAGAGAAAUUUUAUAAAGAAAGUGAGUAAUUUUUAUGUCUCCCAUUGAGUCCUGUCACUCCACGCUGUUGGUUCAGCCUGUGUUCCCAUGACAAGACACACAGAUGGAGGGGAAAUGUAAAGAGAGCUAGAAAGGAAGGUUGGUAACAGGACAGUCAGAAGAAGAGCUCAUCACAAGUCUUAGCUGGGAGAAAACUUUGGUUGUGAUGCUUUUAAAGCACUCAUGGUAAGUCUUGAUGUACCACAGUUUGUGAAAGGAUCGGUGGUUUCAGUAGUUUGAGAUUAAAAGUACCUUCUAGCCUAACAUAUUCUUUGACUGUAUCUUUACAAGGGUGCUAUUUUUGUGGGACUGAGCACAUUUUAAAAUUAGUGAUUUAGUUAUAAUAAUAGCUAUAUAUAUCCUAAUGUUGUGUUAAUGAUGAUGAUGAAGUUCAUGAAUCAUGUGCAUUUUCUGUUGGCAUGUGGAAGCUGAAUGGAGAAAUCUGGGAGCAUAGCUGGAAAUGGCAUUUUUAUAAUCUCGCAGGUAUUUCUUUCACUGCACUAGCAAAGUCCAUUAUUCUGUUCAGCUUUUGUAUUAUCCUGUUCAUUCUGGUU